CUCUAUCUUUUUCAUUUUUCUACUCAUUUUACAUUUUUGUUAUGCUGCACUUGUAGAUUCUUUAGGGUUUGCUAAUUUUAAUAGUAAAACUACUAAUUCGAUGUUCAAAAUCUGCUGAAACAGGCUUCUAAGCUUAUCUAUAUGAGUUAGAAAUGACCAUUUCUUUUUUGUAGUCUUUUUUAUUUUUAUUUUGAACCCACAAAUGUAUUUAUGGAGUAUUGAUGCAAGGUGUUCUUGCUAUGAGAAUGCAGUUUAUAAUGAACAUUAAGCUAUGUUAUUACAGAGGCGAAUUUACAAGUUAUAUUUGGGGCACGUGAACCCAUGAUCUCUUAAAAAAAAAGUAGGCAUUUUUUUUUAUUAAGCACCGGGUGUCCGAGGCUCUUUGAGCCCCGACUAAUCCGGGGGUGCACAGGCACUUGGCAAGGAGUUUCCCGCAAGUGCACCACGGGUAAUUCAGGGUUUUACCCAGUCCGAUGACCCUCAGAAAUUGUUUGCACUCAGUGGGUUUCGAACUUGAGACCUUGAAAGGGAGCACCCAAGGCUCAAGCCAAUUGCCACCAGGCCAACCCCUGAGAGGCAUUUUAUGUAUAUAUUUUUUAGAAUUGGUAUAAUAGUAUCUGCAGUUACCCAUGCUACAAAAAGACUAAUCGGUGCACUUGGUUGGAUGUUGAGUUAUUUACCUAGAAGACUAGGGAUCGAUUCCCACUUAAUACACUUUUUUCUUCCUUUUUCAGUGGCGCACUCAUGUUCUAGAAAUCCUAUAUUCGCUUCUAAUGUUACUAAUCCUGUUGCAAAUGGAGCUCAAAGCAACUUAGGAUUUCACUAAUCUCUACUUAAAAAAAAGGGUAGCCGGGUGCAUAAAGUAUCCCGCAUUAGCAGGGUCCGGGAAGGGUUGCAUCCCAAGGGGUGGGAUGUAGACUAACAAUACUAAUCUCUACUAACAGGGCUUAAAUAACACUAACAACAUUACAAAAGAGUGAGCUAACAAAUUUAGAGGCGGAGCAAGGGUUUUAACUUUUGGUUUAUGAGUUCUUAAACAUGACAGUUUAUUGGGUUCGGGAUAGAUUAUUUAUACUUAUAUAUUCAGUGAAAAUUUUAACCUAAAUAUGGGGUUUGUGCAAAAGUUGUUGGGUUCUGCUGAACUCGCAACCCCGUAUGUAACAAUUUAUCCCCCUUAAAUAACCCUGUCCUCAAAGUUGGAAUAUUGAAAUUGAAAAUGAAAGAGAUGAAGCAACUGUUACUUAGUGACAAUCAGUUGCUGUUGAAUGGCAAGAGAUCAAUAGCCAAAAUACAUAACCUGUGGUACCUGUGUAUGCGCCCAUAAUAAUGGCUGCCCAAAAACACUAAAUAUUACAGGGAGCUCUGUAGGCUUGCAGGGUAACGCGAGACAUAUUGAACAGCCUGCAAUAUUAGCCGAUACAGACAAGCUUGACUGCUUUAAAUAAGACAUUGUUCUUGAAUUCGUUAGUUAGCAACUGCUCUCUCCUGGCAUUAUGUGAUCCCUGUCGCUGAUGCAUGUAGAAGAACAACUUUAACAUCUAGCAGGCAAUUGGUCUUGACUCUUGACGGAUGAAAAAAAAUCAAAGACAGCAUACAUAUAUAGUAAAUAAUAUGAUUAUAAAUUCUAAUAUUACAAGGUAUCUAAUCACGCUACACUGUUUUUACCUUUUGUCUUUCCCCUUCAUCUUAUAAACCCUAAACUGUUAAGCCACACAUACACAGGGGUAUUUGACAUCAUUGAUAAUCCUAAAGGCUCUAUCUUUUUAAUUUUUCUACUCAUUUUACAUUGUUAUUAUGCUGCACUUAUAGGCUCUUUAGGGUUUGCUAAUUUUAAUAGUAAAACUACUAAUUUGAUGUUCAAAAUCUGCCGAAACAGGCUUCUAAGCUUAUAUAUAUGAGUUAGAAAUGACCCUUUUUUUGUAGUCUUUUUUAUUUUAUUUUGAAAACUACAAAUGUAUGUAGGGUGUAUUGAAGGCAAGGUGUUCUUGAUAUGAGAAUGCAGUUUAUAAUGAAGAUUAAGCUAUGUUACAUAUCCUGUUGCAAAUGGAGCUCAAAGAAGAGCUUUUCUAAAGAAUAACAGAGAAAAGCUGAGAAAAAAAAAAGAAAUAUGGGGGAAAAGAAAGAGGACAACUUAGGAUUUCAUUCAGUAUGACAACUAAUCUUUACUCCCUCCGUCCAUAAUAAGUGUCACCUUAGCCAAAAACACGCAUAUUAAAAAAUCAAUAAUGAAAUGUGAAGUUUACCCUAUAUAAUAAAAUAAACUAUUUUUUCCUCUUGAUUAGAGCAUGCACAAGUAGUAAACCUUUUGACGUUGGGAAUCCAACAAUACCAAGUUACUAUGUGCUUUUUUCAAUAGUCAUUUAGAUGUUACUUUAACUUGUCGUUUUUGUCUAAGGAUAGAGUUGGAAAAAUUAGCCAAUUUAUGUCUUAGUUUCCUAAGGUGACACUUAUUAUGGGACAAAUGUUUUUGGCUAAAGUGACUUAUUAUGGGACCGAGGGAGUAUUUUUUUUUUUAAAGGGCAGCCCGGUGCACAAAGUAUCCUAGGGCAGCACCAGAAGCGGUGUGAUCAGGGGCGGAGGGAGGAUGGGCCAACGGGGUUCGGAUAGCGAAAAAUUACACUGUUUAUACAUGGUUAAAAUUGUUUUUUAUGUAUAUAUAUUAGACUGGGUGUGAUGUAGACUAACAACACUUAUCUCUACUAACAGGGCUUAAAUAACACUAACAACACUAUAAAAGAGUGGACUUACAAAUUUAGAGGCGGAGCAAGGUUUUUAAGUUUUUGGUUUAUGAGUUCUUAAACAUGACAGUUUAUGGGGUUCGGGAUAGAUUAUUUAUACUUAUAUAUUCAAUGAAAUUUUUAACCUAAAUACGGAGUUAGUGCUAAAGUUGUUGGGUUGUGCUGAACUCGCAACCCCUAUGUAACAAUUUAUCCCCCUUAAAUAACCCAGUCCUCAAGUUGGAAUAUUGAAAAUGAAGGAGAUGAAGCAACUGUUAUUUAGUGACAAUCAGUUGCUGUUUAAUGGCAAGAAAUCAAUAGCCAAAAUACAUAACCUGUGGUACCUGUGUAUGUAAGAAUGCUUAGAAUAAUGGCUGCCCAAGAACACUAAAUAUUAUAGGGAGCCCUGUAGGCAUGCAGGUUAACGCGAGACAUAUUGAACAGCCUGCAAUAUUAGCCGAUACAGAACAAGCUUGACUGCGUUAAAUAAGAGAUUGUUCCUGAAUUCGUUAGUUAGCAACUGCUCUCUCCUGGCAUUAUGUGAUCCCUGUCGCUGAGGAGCAUGUAGAAGAACAACUUUAACAUCUAGCAGGCAAUUGGUCUUGACUCUUGACAGAUGAAAAUAUGUUGCUAAAUAUUGCAAUGACAGCAACUAAAUUACCACCAUCAGUUUUUCGAAACUGAAUCAUGGAGGAUCGAUCUUAAUUGCGGGCAGUGAUUACCUCAAAAUUGUUCUCCAAAUUAUCUCCAUAGCAUAACUUGAUCAGAUUAACAACAUUAUAAAGGUACUAUGAGGCUGUUGGCAGCAGGGAGAUGAUCACUGCACAAUUAAAGCUUCUCCAUUGUUCAUCACAACUUCUCCGUCCACAAUUUUGCUACACUUAUCUAGCUCCCAGAUCUUUGAGUAAAGCAAAAGUUCUCGGUGAUUGUUAAUUAUUAUCAUCUGAUGCCUUCUAAGGGAAGAAAUCAUCGUCAAAGUUUACCUUCUAACGUCCUUAGCGACCUUCCUGAUAAUGUAAUCGAUGUCAUUCUGAUGAGUUUGCCUUGUAAAGAUGCAAUAAGGACAAGCAUCUUGUCGAAGAAAUGGAGGUAUAACUGGUGUAGACGUACAGAGUUCACAGUUGAUGUAUCUCAUUGGAAAACUCAAAAGGAUUUACUAUACCCUACAGUUAAAUUUAUAAAGAUUAUCUACCCGCUUUUGACUCUUCAUGAAGGUCCCAUUACUAAGUUUACCCUCGACAUGGAUAUUUUGAAAAGCUGUCCUGAGAUUGACAACUUCAUAUAUUUCGUCUCUAGGAAUGGCAUUCAACAUCUUUUUCUUCGCUUUCCACGGUAUAAUGGACUAUACAAAUUGUCUUCUUCACUUUUCACUUGUUCGCAGCUGAGGCAUCUAACUCUUCAUAAUUGUUCAAUACAUCCUCCAUCGGCUUUUAAAGGAUUUGAUUGGUUAAUUAGCCUGAAACUGUGUAGAGUCACAAUUUCUCCAGAAUGGCUCGGAAGUUUAAUAUCUCAUUGCCCGUUGCUUGAGCGGUUGGAGCUGAAGGAACUGAUGUCAGAAGUUAUAAACACAAUUGAUAUUAAUGCCCCCAUGCUAAGGUACUUUGAUUUCAAUGGCAGUAUAAAGUCUGUCUGCCUAAAGAACGUCCCUCUUCUGACAGAAUUAGCUCUGAUGGGUGCUCGUUCUCCCAUGGAGGCAAAGAAUUUUGAUUUGGCAAAGCUUUUCAAGUCUUGUUCUGCUCUUGAGCACCUUGCGUUACACAUCCAUCAUUCCGAGUUCCAAGAAGAAGAACCAAGUUUAGUACCAACAAGGCUUCCCUUUGAUCUUAAUCAUGUCAAAUGUUUCUACCUGCUUGAUCCUAUGCUGGAGGAAUCAUAUAAGCUCUCAUGUGCUCUUUGCUUGAUAAGAAGCUUCCCAUAUUUAGAAUAUCUCGAAAUUAGGGCGGUGAAUGAUUAUGAUGGUGGUGCUGAUCUUGAAUGUCUCAAAAUGGAACGUUUCUCAGAUGUGACAUUUAAUCACCUCAGGGAAGUUAAGCUAGAAAGUGGUACAAUAUCAAUGCCUGUGAUGCAACUUAUCAAGCUUUUGUUAGCCAAGUCUCCAGUGUUGUUGAGAAUACUUAUCAGGCUAGAAUAUCCAUCUGCUGCUAAUGAACGUCAUGACUUAAGAUUAAAAAUACUCGCUAAGGUAUCAAAUUUUUUGCAUGCAUCACCUAAAGCAGAUGUUGAUGUACAAUAUCAAAUACGUUUUGCCUAGCCGUAGUACAACAAUGAGACUGGGUGAAUAUAUGUUGGGAACAUGUGCAAAUCUAAAUGGAUGUUUUGAUUAGUUCUGUAAUAACAAUGUGCAUUACAUGUUUUGGGAUUUUUAUAUUUAGUAGCCUGUGGAAGAAUGAUUUGUGUAAUGUGACAUACAGAUGAAUUGGUUUACUAUGGUGGUUUAUUUCAA